AAAACGAAAGCAAAAAAAUAGUGCAGACAGACAUACAUCUCUCUUCCCUUUGCAGAAGGGGUUUCUCUCCUGUGGACUCCAGGCUGAAGGCCCUGCUGUCAUGAUGCUGCACCCGGUCUUUCUGCAAACUGUCCCCCUGCUCCUGUUCGAUGUCCUCUUCCUCUCUUUGUUGAAUAAGGGCUGGCCCUCUUUGGCCCUCUUGGGGGUCCAAGCGGCUUGGCUUGAGGCCACUCUCCGCCUGCUGGCUCUCUGGGGGUCUUGGGGGCUGCUAUCUCUGGGCUGGCCCUCCCAGAUCCCCCCGGCAGUCCUGGCCACUGUGAGCCUGUUGCCCCCCUUCUAUCUGGCCGCGGGGCAUUGGGUGGGAGACCCACCUCUCCUGCUCUCUUCAGCCCCCUGGUCCUGGCUGCUGGUGGGCUAUGGGGCAGUGGGCCUGGCCCUUCUCAUCUGGGGGGUGCUGGGACAGGGGGGCACCACAGAGGAAAGCAAGGAAGGCGACCAGGCCACCCUCUGGAAGCUGGUGAAGCUCUUCCGUCCCGACACUCCAUAUAUUGCUGGGGCCUUUUUCUUCCUCACCAUGGCGGUGGUGGGUGAAACCUUCAUCCCCUACUACACGGGACGUUUGAUUGACAUCUUGGGCACCAAAUAUGACUCAGAUGCCUUCUCCUGGGCCAUCCUUCUUGUGUGCCUGGUGUCCCUUGGCAGUUCUCUGUCCGCCGGCUGCCGUGGGGGACUCUUUACACUCACCAUCUCCCGGAUGGUCAUCCGCAUGCGCAGCCUCCUCUUCUCAUCCCUACUGAGGCAGGACUUGGCUUUCUUCCAGGAGGUGAAAACAGGGGACCUGACCUCCCGCCUCUCCAAGGACACGACCAUGAUGAGCCGCUCAGUGCCCCUCAAUGCCAACAUCUUCCUGCGCAGCCUGAUCAAGGUGGUUGGACUGUAUGGGUUCAUGCUCAGUGUGUCCUGGCGCAUGACAGUGUUGUCGUUUGUUGAGACACCAAUCAUGUUGGCCAUCCAGAAGGUCUACGACACCCGUCACCAGGCCUUGUUACGGGAGAUCCAGGAUUCCAUAGCGCGUUCUGGAGAAGUGGUCCGUGAGACAGUCUCUUCCAUAGAGACAGUGCGCAGCUUUGCUACCGAGGAGGAAGAGUCACAGCGCUAUGACACAGCAUUGAAAGAGACCCACCGGCUGAAGAACCAGAGAGAUCUGGAGAGAGCAAUCUAUGUGCUUGUUCGGCGGUUAUUCCAUCUGGGCCUGAAAUUGAUGCUCCUUUACUGUGGAUACCAGCAGAUCCUUGCUGGUCUCAUAACCAAAGGGGACCUGGUUUCCUUCACCCUUUACCAGAUGGAAGUGGGGGACUACAUGCGGACCCUGAUGUAUAUAUAUGGAGAUGCCCUCAGCAAUGUGGGAGCUGCCAAAAAGGUCUUUGAGUACCUUCUUCGAGAGCCUUCAGUUCGCACAGAAGGGACUCUGGCCCCGGUCAUCCUCCAAGGACAUGUCUCAUUUAGAAAUGUUUCCUUCUCCUAUCCCUCCCGACCUGAUGUCCAGGUCUUAAAGAAUGUCUCCUUUGAGCUCCAACCUGGGGAGGUGACGGCAUUGGUGGGACUGAAUGGCAGCGGGAAGAGUACCUGUGUGGCUCUUCUGGAGCGGUUCUAUGAGCCCCAGUCGGGGGAGAUCCUGUUGGAUGGGAGUCCGAUCCAAGAGUAUGAGCACAAAUACCUCCACAGACAGGUAGCACUUGUGAGUCAAGAGCCCAUCCUUUUCUCUGGGUCUAUUCGGGACAAUAUCACUUAUGGGAUGGAGGGCUGUAGCAACGAGCAAGUGACUGCCGCAGCCAAAGAAGCCAAUGCUUUAGGAUUCAUCAGUGAGAUGGAAAGAGGGUUCAAUGCAGAUGUAGGGGAGAAGGGAGGGCAGCUGUCUGUGGGGCAGAAGCAGCGCUUGGCCAUUGCCCGGGCCCUGAUCCGUAACCCAAAGGUCUUGAUACUGGAUGAAGCCACAAGCGCCCUGGAUGUGGAGAGUGAAGCUGCGAUCCAGCAGUCAGUGCUAAACCGCCAAGCCCGGGCAGUGCUGGUGAUUGCUCAUCGGAUGCAGACAGUGGAGAACGCCCACAAGAUUGUGGUGCUGGAAGGUGGGAAGGUUGUCGAGGAGGGAACUCACUCCAAACUUAUGGACCAGAAGGGCCCCUACUACAGACUGGUACAAAGGAGCUCCUGCGAGUGACUGUGGAGUGGAGGGCAUUUUUGCAUCAAAUAAUAUGGUGUCCUUUCCUGUAUGCUAAGGACUUGUUUCGUGAGAUAUUGGCUAUUGAACAGUAUCUCUUAAAAGGAGAAAGUGGACUCCACAGGAACCAGGAAACAUUGGAGAGUAAUAAAAUGUUAAGACACUUAGGGAUAAGGUAUCCAGGUACACAUUUUGUGAAAUUUGGUGAGGAUGUCCAGAAGGAUUUAAUUGGGUUGUCUAUAUCUGUUUUAUGAAGGUAUAUUGUAGCACCUGCCCGACUAAAUUGAGAGAAAGAUGUUUGUAGCAUAAACUUGCAUAAACUGAGCUUCCUUCAUCUGAUGCUACAAAUUUACCAACAGGAUGAACUACAGAAAGAAUAAAAGCGUCUUUGGCUGAUACUUACUGCACAACA